AUGCCUCCGCGUCCCCAGAUCGUCGUCGACCGCCCCGGCUUCGUGUCUGCCGGGUCGCAGCAGUCGGUGCCGUCGGUACCGUCGCUGUACGUCACGCCCAGCAACACGAGCCACAACACGCCGCAUAGAAGCAUCGACCGCUCCGCCUCGCUCGUCAAUAUCCAGGGCCCGGACCACCGACAUUACCUGUCUGUGCCCAGUGUCUCCGACCAGAUCUCGCCCACCAAAGUGUUGGGCCCGACUAUCUCGAAAAUUGGCCGCAAACGCCGCGCCAGCGUGUGUUUGCAGGUGCGGUCCAAGUUCGAGGAGCUCGAGUCGCUCGUGGCAGACAACGUCGACAAGCGGCUUGAGAGCAUCGAGACAGAAAAUAUGAACCUGCUGAAGGAGCUGGACUUCCGCACGCAGGAUCUGGAGCUGCUGAACAGACAUCUAGAGGAAAAUUUGGACAAUCUGACGGGCUUUUUGAACGUGCUGGGGGCCAAGGAGCAGGAGAUCGACCAGCUGUGCACGAGCGACAUAUUCAGCAACCUGAAUGAUCUCAAUUCGCGGCUGGACGUGGUCAAGCGCGAAUUGGGCGUCAGCAAAGCGAAAUUGGACAAUUUCGACGCAGACCUCCGCGUUGUCGAGGGACAGAAAAAGAGCGAAAUCAUUGCCCGUGGAGUGCAGCACAACAUGCUGCUUCUGGCACUGGUGAGCGUGGUAUUCUUGAUAAUUAGCAUAUACUGA